AGAAAUUCCAUAGCAUCAAUUUUCUAGACAUAGCAAUGGCGCGCUCAAAACAGACAACCUGGAGAAAGCCAUGGCCGCGACUGAAUCGCAACAUAAUCCACGAAUUCCCGGAUCACAGCGGAGAGACAUACAAAGUGGUCCGUGGAACACCGAAUUGCUCUAACCCGAAGUCCAUCGUGAAAUUAAGUGUCCACUUAUACUCCCUACGUCCAUUGACACCGAGCCGCGAAGAAGUGGCGACGAGGUUACUCAGCGAAAGCGCCUUUAGCUCUUGGGGCAAUGCGCGAAACCGCUGGCCUCGGGUGGAUGUGUAUGCGCCGUUGGGGAGUAUUGAGGAGUGUAUCGAGCAUCAUCGACGGGAGAAGAUUUAUCGGCGCGAAGCGCUGGAGAAGAUGCAUUGCGAGGCCGUAGAGGUUGCGGAGGAUGAGGAGCAAGCGCAGGAAGCGGUGUUGAAACUGCGAGGGAAGGAACCGUUGCCGCAUAUUGUGCCGACAUGGUGCCGCCCACCGCGGUUUUGGAGGGAGAGAGACUACUGGGACGAUCGGUAUCGGAGCUUUAUACUGGUUAUUCCUGAAGAGUGCACGUCGUGGGACGAUAUUCUGCGUCGGGGACUGUGGAUGGUCAAGUUUGACCAAGAUGCUGCGCCCGAUAUGGAGACGGAUGUGCAUGAUGACGAUCCGGAGGAGUAUGCAUUGAUUGAGGACCGCGAGCCGUGGGUAUGGGUGGACAAGGCGAAAUAUGGACCUCCAAUAUCGAUUAAACGAGUGUCAGUUUGUGAAGGGAAUUGCGAAUUCAAUAACGCACCAUUUGGUGUACAUUGCGCGCAUGGCCAAACAGAAUCCGAGAUGCCCAAGUUUGAGAGGAAACUGUAUGAUGAGUGGGCGAAUUUGACUACGGUCUUGUGGGAUUGCACCUAUACCUCGCCCGUAUGCGAGUUCUGUGACCAGGGUCCCUGUGAGGUAGAUAUGGACGAACAUUACUUUGACGACGAUGGACAGUGUGUUGCUUGUCGGCGUCAUAUCGAGUACCGGCGCCGUAGUAAGCGAAUUGCGAAGAUGAUUCGCUCUUCAUCUGGGCGACGGUAGUUAUAAGUCGCAGAGGCUCUUUUCUAAAACAACCCUGGGUGGUGCAUUUGUUUAGCAUAGCAUCAGAUCCCCUUCCGGAGAGUACGGUUGGUCCGUUCUCCCCUGGUGGGAGCUGGGUGAUCUAGGUUUGAGCCCUAGUCCUGGGAUUCAAUCUUUCUUUUUGGCGUCUUUCUCAUACUU